UCAGACCCAGCAGCAGCACCAUGGCAAGCUCAGCACAGGGCCUCCCCAGCGCCGAGCUCUGGGCCUCCCACAACAAGAUGGUGAUGGAGCCGCUGGACACCAACGACCCGGAGGUGCACAGCAUCAUCAAGAAGGAGAAGCAGCGGCAGAGGUUGGGGCUGGAGUUAAUUGCAUCAGAGAACUUUGCAAGCCGAGCAGUCCUGGAGGCCCUGGGAUCCUGCAUGAACAACAAAUACUCCGAGGGUUACCCAGGACAGAGGUACUACGGCGGGACGGAGUUUGUGGAUGAGCUGGAAAGGCUGUGCCAGAAGCGAGCCCUGCAGGCCUACAGGCUCGACCCCCAGAAGUGGGGAGUCAAUGUCCAGCCCUACUCAGGGUCGCCCGCAAACUUUGCGGUGUACACGGCCCUGGUGGAGCCCCACGGCAGGAUCAUGGGGCUGGACCUGCCCGAUGGUGGCCACCUCACCCACGGGUUCAUGACAGACAAGAAGAAGAUCUCUGCCACCUCUGUCUUCUUCGAGUCCAUGCCCUACAAGGUCAACCCCAAGACGGGUUACAUCGACUAUGACCGGCUAGAGGAGAACGCCCGGCUCUUCCACCCCAAGCUGAUCAUAGCAGGUGUCAGCUGCUACUCGCGGAACCUGGACUACGCCCGCAUGCGGAAGAUCGCCGACGACAACGGCGCCUACCUGAUGGCCGACAUGGCCCACAUCAGCGGGCUGGUGGCCGCCGGCGUGGUGCCCUCGCCCUUCGAGCACUGCGACAUCGUCUCCACCACCACCCACAAGACCCUGCGGGGCUGCAGGGCCGGCAUGAUCUUCUACCGCAAAGGCACCCGCAGCGUGGACCCCAAGACGGGCAAGGAGACCCUCUACAACCUGGAGAGCCUCAUCAACCAGGCGGUGUUCCCGGGGCUGCAGGGAGGCCCACACAACCAUGCCAUUGCAGGGAUCGCCGUGGCGCUGCAUCAGGCCAUGACACCCGAGUUCAAGGCUUACCAGCAGCAGGUGGUGGCCAACUGCAAGGCCCUCUCAUCAGCACUGAUGGAGAUGGGCUACGACAUCGUCACAGGGGGCUCUGACAACCACCUGAUCCUCGUGGACCUGCGCAGCAAAGGCACAGACGGCGGCCGGGCCGAGCGGGUGCUGGAGCUCUGCUCCAUCGCCUGCAACAAGAACACGUGCCCGGGUGAUGUCAGCGCCCUGCGCCCCAGCGGGCUGCGCUUCGGGACGCCGGCUCUCACCUCGCGCGGCUUCCGGCAGGACGAUUUCCGCAAGGUGGCCCAGUACAUCCACAAAGGGAUCGAGCUGGCUCUGCGCGUGCAGAAGGACAUGAGCCCCAAGGCCACGCUGAAGGAAUUCAAGGACAAACUGGAGGAGCCAAAAUACCGUGGGGAGCUGAAGGCACUGAAGGAAGAGGUAGAAGCCUUCGCAGCCACGUUCCCGCUCCCGGGGCUGCCUGUCCUGUAAGGGGACACUGCCAUGCCCGCUCCUGGAGCCACGGGAGUACCCAGGAUCAUGGCACACUCACAAUCCCCAGCCUGAGACCAACACCCCAGUGCCUUCUCCCAACACUUCCUGUGGAACUGCAGCAGCAGCUCCUCCUUUAGCUCUUACUCCCUUUUCUCCUCCCAUGUGAGGCACAGGGACCCCAUGAGUACAACCCCUGUGGGGACACCAGCCCUUCACCACUGUGUCACCACUGGGACCCAGCACCAGGUCACCCUCACCUCACGGCCAGGUGCCAUCCAGCUCCUGCUGGCUGUGGAGCAGCAGAUGAGAUUUCGGCUGGUCUGUCCACAUUCCCUGGACACCCUGCCCAUGGCAGUGCGAGGGACGGGGCUCCAGCUGCACAAAAAACCCCACAGCCACUAGAAGUCCCCCUGGUUUCAGCCUCAAGGACUCCCCUUCAUCCAAUGUGCCUUGCCAGCUCCACAGGGUAUGACAAGGCAAAGCCUUGUCCUGAACAUCCCUCCUGGGAUCACCAUCCCAUCCUAACCAGAUCCUCCAGUAUUUUCUCAGACCCCUUGGCACAAAUCUUAGGUUGAACCAUUUUUUAAUAAGCACAGUAAAAUUAUGAAUUUAACCACGACGUAUGACAAGAAUUAUAAGCUCUUAAAAAAUACGACCAAUUUUUUUUUUUUUUUUGUAUUUCAAAAAUAUCUGAACCCAAAUAAAUAUUUUUUUUUUAAAAGUACAUUUCUCAGACUAGUCAUUUGGUGUUAACAUCUGUUAAACUCUUGUGCAGUAACACUUACAGCACGACACUAAGACAUGCUUCUUGGAUUUCUCCCGGUCACACUCGCCCUAACUACUGACGCAAGCAUUCGGCACACACAGGCACACACACGGAACUCAACAUGCAGGAAUAGGAUACAGUGCUUUUAAAAUAAGAUGAGAAUUCAUCACAGCCUCCUGGCAGCCCUCAGAGGCAGCUCUGAGCCCAGCCCCAUCCCCGUGCCAGCAGCCGUGCCGCCGGCAGGACCGGGUACCCUGCUUCUGCCUUCCAGUUAAAUCCGUCCCGGGGAGCAGUGGGUGGGGGAUUGUGACCCCUCCAGCAUCGGGGUGCAGUUUGGUGCUCUCUCUUUGUGCUCUGGGGCAGGUGUUCUCCUGCAGCCUGGGCAGCUCCCUGAAUUCCCUCAGACCCUGUUACGGGAGCCUUCUCACUGUGCUCCUACAAGCUUUGGGUCCUGCUCAACUCCCGGAAUCUGCAGCGUGGGCUGGCCCCCACCACCAGACCAGGGGGCUCAGGACCCUCAGGCUCAAUAAAACCCAAAGAACUGGCCUGGAGGCACAGAACCAUCAGCUCCCACCCCUGGAGUGCCUCUCCCAACCUCCCACCAUGGUGAAUAUUGCUAGAGUAUAGGCAGCUCCUCCCUGCCGAGGCAAGGCAGCUGUGGAGCCGCUCAGAAGUGAUUGCUAUCAGAUGAAAGGAAAUCUGAGCACUGUUCUCUGAGAAAUGAAACCUUUGUAGGGUUAAGAUCACCUACAGCUAUGGCUGACCCUCCUGGGGUGGGAGCUGGAAGCGGUGGGUUAGUGGGGAGCAGAGCAGGGGCUGGGAGGAGCAGGAGGGGGAUAAGGGAGCCCUCCCUCCUGGCCGGGGCAGGCUCUGCCCUGAUGAAUUCUCGGGCAGGUCCAGCUCCUCCUGUCCCCAGCAGCGGGGAGGGAGCCAGCACAGCCGUGCGGGAGCGGGGACAUGCUGGGCUGGCAGCACUCACUGGAAGCAGGGGACAGCCAUGCAGGGCACCGCUGGCUCUGGCAGCUGAAAGGCUGGUGAGGAUGGCACUGCCACUGCCAGGAACCCGCCCUGCUCCUCCUGCAAGGAUGGCUCAGGCAAGACACACGCGCCAGAAGUCAUGGCGGGAGCUAUCAGUGCAAAGGUUGUGGCUUGUUGUUGGUCUGUGAAUAUCAGAAAUUGGUGAGGUACCACACCAGAGAUGGGAAAAGUCCUAAAGUGCCAAUACAGGGAUCUGUACUGUACAGGAGCAGGACAGAGACAGAGAAAUUACAGAGGAAAGAGGAAUUCAGCUCCCAAACACCAGCUGUGCUCGGAAUCCCCCCACUCCGGCCGCCACAAGAGAGGGAUCCAAAUGCACUGAGGUGCCACAGCCCGGUGUUAACUCCUCCUUUCCAGUCCCAGUUCAGAGGUUACACUGCUGAGAGGAGGACAAGCACCCCAGGGUGUGUUUCUCCACAGCUCCCAGUUGCAGAUAAUCCCAGAGCUCCCGCAGGAAUCGAGUGAUGUUCCAGCCAAGCCCCCGGGGCAUCCUCCCCAGCCAGAGCUGCUUUGUGGCAGAGAGGUGAAGCAGGUCAGACAGGUGGUAGUGCAAGUAUUGCUCAACACAGCCUCGAAUAUGAGAUACUACAGGUCAGACAGAGGGAGCAAGAAGUGAGUUAUUUAUCAAUUUAUGAGCACAGCUGAACACCGCAGGUCGAGACCACUGUGACUAAGAUGAGCCACCACCAAUCAUCUCUCCCACUCCACGCUGGAGGAAGACGUGAGUGAGUCAGCAGGAAAAAAGUCUGUCCCUCCCUCCCUCCCUCCUUAAACCCAAACAGCACUAGGUAGUUUUCAGCAGGAAACAAGCUCCUGUUUUGAGCACUGCUCCAGAGCAGGAUGCUGGGAGCUUUCAUCUGCCUGGUGUCACCUGCAUUACUCAUCCACCCAGACGCCUCUUCCCCCAGGGAAUCUCACACCUCAGCUUUAAUCUCACACCUCAGCUUUAGUGUGGAAGUUUGGGUGUGCAUGAAUCCAUCGGGGGCACCUUCAGUCACUUCAGGAAGCAGCCAAUUUGAUGGACAUGGAGGCCUUUCACCAGCAGACUCGGCUGACAUGAGACAGGAGGGCACAGGUAGGACAGGAAAAGGCUUUGAACGUGCUGGAAAGGUGAGCAGCCCCAGAGAGACACUGCUCACCUUCAGCAAAGGCCACACCACACUGCUUCCAACCACGACCUCAAAACACCAUCACAAGCAACCCUGACCCAGGAAAUCCCUCUGGAGCGUACCACAAGGCCAACUUGGCUGAGCCACCACAAACAGCAAUAACCUUAAAAACAGCCUUUGUGCCUUGUUGGUUUAUACCCCAGAGAGCCCUUUCCAGGGGAGAGGAGGAGGUGGCACGAUCCUGAGGCACAGAUGCUGGUGCAAAAUGACAGCCUGCCCAAGGAGCCUCCCUGCCUCCAGGACAUGAUUUUGGAGGAGUGCAGAUCUCACAGCAAGUCUCAGUGGGGUCUAAGCCACGCUGGGGAACCCCAGGCUAUAGACAGAAACUUCCCAGGCUCAGAAGGAAGAUUGCAUUCAUCUCCAAAGCUGCCUCACAUUAUCACCAUAAACAGAAGUUUUAAAAAAACCAACAAACCAAAGUACAGAUCAGCUCUUGUAUGACCUCAGCUCUUCUCACCCCAUAAUCAGCAUUAAAAAGAAUUAAAACCAAGAUUAGCUUUCCUAGCGAGACUUUUCUUACUUAGAAUUACCUUGGGAGCUGCUACUGCCACAUGGCACCGGGCAGAGCAGCCUGGGCCCAGCAUCACCUACCAGACUCCAGAGGGAAGUGCUGCACCUGGGCACAAAGCUUUCAGCACUAACAACGAUCUGGGAGUGUCACCACGUUGGUGGUGGUACACCCUUUAUGGCACAGAAGCUUUAAAAGGAAAAGUUCUCAUUACCCAGGCUCAGAGAGCAGCAGUUCUGCCCCAUCCAGAGCCACCCAGGAGAGGUAGUCAGGAUGUGACAACGGCUCAGCCAGGAGCAGCACGCAGUGAUGCCAGCCCUGUUUUACCAUAAACGCCAACUCCUCAACAAAAAAAUAAAAUAAAAUAAAAUAAAAUA